UAAUCAUGGGGGACGGCCCGAGGGAAACCGCUGCAAGCCGAGGCCCUGUCAGCCGAUGUCAUCAGGCACUGGCACAUGCCUUUCAGGGCCCGGAAAGGGGAAGCAUCGGCUUAAGGCACGAACCUUCCCCAUUCCAACCUCGUUACCGGUCAAUACCUACAAGCCACAGAAAGGGAAACCCAAUUCCUCUCCUCUUUCCUCCGUAACCCCCUCGGUCACUCAAUCAGUCACUCAGCAUGUCAAGCUCAACGAUAUCACGGGCGCUCUCACGCGCAACGAGGAUAAACGCAGCCGUCCCCCGCCGCCAAUUCGGUCUCGGCUCAUCAAUAACAUCAAGAACUACUACAGCGGUAACACCAACACUCACCUGUCAGCAGCAACGACGCAAUGCCUCGUCGAAACACCCCAAGGAUUUCGAGCCACCAUCGCCCGGCGACCUCGCCGAGCUGCGCGAGCGUGUUCAAGAAUUCACACGGCGCGAGCUUACUGAAGAAGUCGCCUCGGCCACCGACAAGAACAAUAGCUUCCCCGCCGACAUGUGGGGCAAGUUAGGGGAGGCGGGCUUCCUCGGCAUCACCGCCGACGAGGACGUGGGCGGGCUGGCCAUGGGCUACCAGGCGCAUUGCGUAGUCAUGGAGGAAUUGUCGCGCGCGAGCGGGUCCAUCGCCCUUAGCUACGCUGCGCACUCACAACUGUGCGUCAACCAGCUGCAGCUCAAUGGCUCGCCGGAGCAGAAACAAAAGUACCUCCCAGGCCUCAUCUCGGGCGAGAAGGUUGGCGCGCUGGCCAUGUCCGAGUCGGGCUCGGGCAGCGACGUGGUUAGCAUGCGCACGCGCGCCAAGGAGGUCGACGGCGGCUACGUGCUCAACGGCUCCAAGAUGUGGAUCACCAACGGGCCCGACGCCGACGUGGUUGUCGUUUACGCCAAGACCGUCCCCGACGGGGGUUCCAAGGGCAUCACGGCCUUUAUCGUCGACACCACUUCCCCCGGGUUCACGUGCCUGCGCAAGCUCGACAAGAUGGGCAUGCGCGGCAGCAACACGGGCGAGCUCGUCUUCGAGAACCUGUUCGUACCCGCCGAGAACGUCCUCGGCGCUGUCAACGGCGGCGUGCGCGUGCUGAUGGAGGGGCUCGACCUCGAGCGCCUCGUGCUCUCAGCGGGGCCGCUGGGCCUGAUGCAGGCGGCGCUCGACGUGGCGCUGCCCUACGCGCACACGCGGAAGCAGUUCGGCACGCCGGUCGCGCAGUUCCAGCUCGUACAGGGCAAGCUGGCUGACAUGUACACCAAGCUGCAAGCGUCGCGCGCCUACACCUACGCCACGGCCCGCGCGGUCGACGAGCAGGGCCUGAUCCGCACGCAGGACUGCGCCGGCGCCAUCCUGUACGCCGCCGAGCGCGCCACCGAGUGCGCCCUCGAUGCGAUCCAGGUCUUGGGCGGCAUGGGCUACGUCGAGGAGAUGCCGGCGUCGAGGAUCAUGCGCGAUGCGAAGCUGUACGAGAUUGGCGCCGGCACGUCCGAGGUCCGGCGCAUGGUCAUUGGGCGCGCCUUCAACAAGGAGUACGCCCAUUUGUCGGGCUAGAUUAUCGUGAGGUUAAUGAUCCGGGGGCUAGCCGGUCGUCCGCCGGGGACUGUGUUGGAUAGCCGCGAGGCGAAUCGGAUUGCCUUGUUUGAGGGGCAGCUUGCCCCCUUUUCCUUGCUGAUGAUACGGCACGACGAAAGAGAGGUGGUGCACGUGGACAUACGUACAUAGAUGAGAGUCAGCCUAUAUACAGCCAUCAAUAUUGGCCGACUGCACAACCGCGGUUAAAGCCGCCGUGGAGCCCUUUCCCCGUCCCGUCUCCCGUUUCCCCCAUCUGCGGGUGGAUGAGAGAAGAACCGGCUCGCUGCCCUGGCUUCCCCGCCGUUACAUUCCAUGCCCGCUCUGUCAUCGGCAGCGUUAUCUCUGCCAUCCCAUCCCGAACCCGCAGCCGUAUCUUGAUCCCCCCCCCUCCUUCUCCAAACACUGCAUUGCAUGCAAGCAAGCCACCAAGAUCCCACCCUCGUUCCGCCGGCCGA